AUGGUGGUUCCAUCAACAUUAUAUUUAGUCACAAUUUUGCGGCCUUUUUGUAGCCUUCUCAAGCCUCUUGGGCCUGCCAUUUCACUGGUUGUGAAUGCCGUGAUUGAACUUGAUAACAAUGGAAUUGUCCCUGCAAGUAUCUUGCGCAAGCUACCCAACAGAAGGUCAUCUACUGCACACAGUACAAACAUGACCCAAAAUGUCCCCAAUAACCCGUCAUCUCCUCACCCGAGCUACAUGGGUCUAUCCUCUGAUACCUUUGAUGCGCAGAACGCCCAUACUGCACAUAGUACAACCCUCGCAUCAUACCCUUACCCCGACCUCACCCUCGUCAUCCUCGUCAUCCUCGCAUUCCCUUUCGCCCUCUACUUGUCGCUCCAGCAGAGCCAGUACAUCUGGCCGGACCCUUUCGCUGACGAAGCAUACCCAUGCUCCGUCCCACCACCUGACUGA